AAACCCGGGCCAGGAUCCCCAUUGGUUGGGUCAGCUGGGGUGACGUCAUUAGGACGUACUAAGACUAGGGUUGGGCCAGGAACCGGAGCCAUUACUGCAGGAAAAGGUCCCGCAGAGCUGAGCGUCAAGAUGUGUGACUUCACCGAGGAUCAGACCGCAGAGUUCAAGGAGGCCUUCCAGCUGUUUGACCGAACGGGGGAUGGCAAGAUCCUGUACAGUCAGUGUGGGGACGUGAUGAGGGCCCUGGGCCAGAAUCCCACCAACGCCGAGGUGCUCAAAGUCCUGGGGAACCCCAAGAGUGAUGAGAUGAACGUGAAGGUACUGGACUUUGAGCACUUCCUACCCAUGCUGCAGACUGUGGCCAAGAACAAGGACCAGGGCACCUACGAGGACUAUGUCGAAGGCCUUCGGGUGUUUGACAAGGAAGGGAACGGCACCGUCAUGGGUGCUGAGAUCCGGCACGUUCUCGUCACACUGGGUGAGAAGAUGACAGAGGAAGAAGUAGAGAUGCUGGUGGCAGGGCAUGAGGACAGCAAUGGCUGCAUCAACUAUGAAGCGUUUGUGAGGCAUAUCCUGUCGGGGUGACGGGCCCAUGGGGCGGAGCUCGUCCGCAUGGUGCUGAAUGGCUGAGGAUAUUCCCAGUGUGCGUGGACACUGCACCUUCCUUGUGGGAGAUUGUGUAUGUAGCCCGGAGGCUUCUAGGUUCUCUUGUCACAGUAUUUUCCCCAGAUUCUCUCUCUUGGAUGAUGUCUGCCAUCAGCAUUCACCAAAUAAACUUGUUCUCUGCUCUA